AUGAACAUCGAUGACAAUAAGAACUUAGAGGAGUCUAUCGAAUGUGAUGAGCUGUGUUUUGGAUAUGAUAGUAGUUCUGAUAAGGAGGAGGAAGAUCUUAUCAACAAUGAGGGUAAAUUUAGUGAAUCCAUGGAGGUAUCGAAUUGUAGCUAUAAAAUUCAAGAAGUUGAGAAGAAGUUAAAUGAAUUAAGCUAUGAUGACAUGUGGGGUAUUAAGUUUGAUACUGUUGAUCAAUGUUGUGAUUUUUAUAGAAAUUAUGCUAGAGUGCACGGUUUUGUUGCGAGGCUUGACGAAAAAGGACAAGAUUUCAAUGGAAACCUUAAUAUGCGACAGAUAAUUUGUAACAGAGAGGGUACACGUAGAAAAAAGUACUUGGAGAUGGAGAACAGGAAAAAGGAUCAUAAGCCAAUCACACGCGUAAUGUGUCAAGCAAAGAUUAGAUUUCACUAUGACUUGAUUUUACCAAAGUGGCGGGUCACCAAAUUUGAAGAGACUCACAACGAUGACCUCAUCCCACCUAAGUAUAUCCAGUUCGUUCCGGCAUAUCGAACAAUGACUGACGCUGAUAAAGCACAGGCUGAUAGUUUGCAUUUUAUGGUGUUAGAACUUGUCAUAUAA